AUGGUUUUUACGAUAACGAAAUCUUGUGAAAAUGUUAACAAAGGCUGUAGUUGGAAACAAUAUGCGUUAUGCUUUAUAGUGAGUUUGCCCAUGAUCACCCAUGGAAUUGAAGCGAAUAACUUAACGAUUACGUCACACUCGGGGCAUUUCCUAAUAAGCUUCAACAACGUGCCCCUCAGUUCUACAAUGCUGAUACUCAGUGCUGGUAUAUCAGCACCGAUUCUCAGCAUGGUCGUUGAUAGACUGGGAAGGAAAUUCGGCGUGUAUAUCAUCAUAAUGAUACAAGGUAUCUGUUGCGUACCACUCCUCCUGCCACCAAACAAAAUUGCCUACGUCAUUGUCCACUUCCUAGCUGGGGUGUCCUCAGCUGGUUUGUUCACAGUCAUUCCAAUGUACAUACGAGAAAUAGCACCCACGAUAUCCAGGGCUUCGCUCAUAUCGUUAAUGGGCGUCAUGAUACCAAUCGGCUAUUUAACCAGGCUGGUGUUAAAUGAGGAACCGAUGAUGUAUCUGAUGACCGCAAUGGUGAUGAUAGAAUUUUUUACAGUGUUCCUAAUGAUUGAAUCGCCGAGUUUUCUUGUUAAAGUUGGGGAAUAUGAGAACGCGAAGAAAAACAUUGCAAAGUUAAAAUGUCUUACGGAAAAUGACAAUUAUGUGUUAAUGGAAUUGAAGAGACUGAAAGACGAAAGCGAUAGGGCUAAGCCAUGGAAACUAUUGGAUUUGUUUAAGAACAUAAUCUGGCGCGAUGCAAUGAAAAUUGGCUUUGUUCUUUACACCAUGAUGAUAUUGAGUGGAAGUAGUAUGUUCUUAGACCACGACAAAGCCCUAGCUCAAUUAAAGACCACUAUAGACCCACAAAAGGUGCUGGUUCCGUCGUGUCUUUUAGCUGGAGGGAUCAUAAGUGUAAUAUUAGUUAGAUUCGUUGACAGAAAAUAUUUAUUGACGUUCUCUUAUUCUGUAAUCGUGUUGUCUAUGGGAGUGUUGGCGAUCUACACCCAACCUGACCUCACCGUGACGUCACUAAGAUGGCUGCCAGUUGUGUCACUAGGAAUACUAGUAUUUGGCUAUGGAAUGGCUUGGGGCGUCCCAACCAUGGUUUUGGUGGAAAUAUUAAAUUUGGAGAUCAGAGCUACAGUCCUCGCUAUAGUGUACUCCUAUUCUCAAAUAAUAAGGAUGGUACACGUCCACACAUUAAACUACUUCGAAGACCUCAUGGGCGUACACACGCUAUUUUACGUAUUUGCCGGUGUGAAUCUAGUAGGCGCAGUCUACAGUAUUAUGGCGUUACCACAGAUUAAAGAUAAAAGUGUAAAACAGAUUGAGAAGCAGUUGAAAAGGGUACCUAUAUUAAACGGUAUCUGA